AUGGCCCAAGUGGCAGGGUCCAUACAGGAAGAGGAAGAGGAGGAGUUGUUAGCUCCUCAGAGUGCGGCGCGGGGGGGAGCCGGGGACCCGCAGGCCGACGCCACUCUACCCCGCGCUUCCGGCCGCGCCUCGUUGCUCCGGGAGCGGCCGUGGCGGCGCCGGACGCAGUUUCCAUGGAGACUGAAGAUGGCGCCGCGAGGGAAGCGGCUGUCCUCCACCCCGCUGGAAAUCCUCUUCUCUCUGAACCGAUGGUAUAUUGCGGCCUACUUCCUGCUGGAACUCUUCAUCUUUCUGUACAAAGGUCUGCUACUGCCGUACCCAACAGCCAAUCUGGUCCUGGAUGUGACGAUGCUGCUCCUGUAUCUUGGAAUUGAAGUCAUUCGCCUGUUUUUUGGCUCCAAGGGCAACCUGUGCCAACGCAAGAUGCCGCUUGGGAUCAGCGUGGCCUUGACCUUCCCCUGCGCCACCAUGGCCGCCUAUUACCUGCUGCUGCAGACCUAUGCGCUCCGCCUGGAGGCCGUCCUCAACUGCAUCUUGCUCUUCUUCUGCGGCACCGAGCUGCUGCUGGAGGUGCUCACCCUGGCCGCAUUCUCCAGUCUGGACAAGAUUUGAAGUACAAGAAUCUCCUGGACCGAGACCACACAUACCACCCCAGUGAGAACCGGCGGGUCACUUCGGCCUGGGAGAGUCGCAGCUUCUCC